CCUCCUGUUUUUUAUAACUGCCUGUGAUGAUCAAUCAUCAGUAGACCCUAAGUAAAUCUUACUGAUAGCUGUAGAGACUGUAAUGAAAAUUGAAAGGUCAAACAUAUGAAAACACAUUGUACUUGUCUAGCUUGCAAAAUUUCAUUCUAUAUCUGUUCUACAUAUAGUCCCAGGUAUCAGUGGACAGCCAUGGCUCCAAGAUCCCGGCAACGAAGGCACAAGAAACCCCCUUCAUCGGUGACUCCCAUGGUUGUGACCCCACCCACAGUUGUGACCUCUGUGCCUCUGACCCUCUCAAAACCUGACCCUAGCAUUGAUGCACUUGGCUUCUUCUCCUUGGAGAAUAAUGUUCCUGGCCUAUCCCAGCUAAUCCUUCAAAAGCUAAACAUGAAAAGCUAUGAAGAAUACAAGUUGGUGCUAGAUGGGGGUGCUUCUGUAUCAGGCUUUGGAUUUCGAUGCCUUCGAGAAAUGUUCCAGAAGAUGGAGGACACAUUCCAAUUCUGUGCUCACUGUAGAGCUCUUCCUAGUGGCCUUUCAGACUCCAAGGUCCUGCGGCAGUGCAAGAGGUGCAGAAAUGUCUAUUACUGUGGUCCAGAGUGCCAGAAGUCAGACUGGCCAGAGCACAGGAAGGUUUGUCAAGAGCUGCGUCUGGUAGCUGUGGACCGUCUCAUGGAAUGGCUUCUAGUCACAGGUGCUUUUGUCCUACCUUCAGGACCUUGGCCAUGUGUGGCUGAAGUUGUACAGGGCUGGGAUACCUGGUUUUCUAUGCGGCAUUUACAGCUAGAAGCUAUACUGGAUGCUGUACUAGGUAGUCAUGCCAUGAACACCCUGUGGGCCAACGUAGGACGGCCAAGGCCAGACCCAGAUGUCCUGCAGGGCUCUUUGAAGCGGCUGCUGACAGAUGCCCUAUCACGGCCCUUGACACUGGGCCUUGGGCUUCGGGCCUUGGGGAUAGAUAUUGGGAAGACUGGGGGAAGCACAGUGCAUGUGGUUGGUGCUUCCCAUGUGGAGACAUUCCUCACACGCCCUGGGGACUAUGAUGAGCUUGGCUACAUGUUUCCUGGACACCUAGGCCUCCGUGUGAUCAUGGUGGGUAUAGACGUAUCUGCUGACUUUACACAGAGCACCUCAACUUCCCCCCUGGAACCUGGCACAGUUCAACUUAGUGGCCAUAGGGGCCUCUAUCAUGACUUCUGGGAGGAACAGGUAGAGACUGGACAGAUAGCCCAUCCAGAUUUGGUGGUGGCAUUCCAUCCAGGUUUCCAUGCUUCCCCAGAUUUGAUGGAGGCUUGGCUGCCUACCCUCCUGCUACUUCGUGAUUAUGAGAUCCCUACAUUGAUCACUGUUUACAGCCAUCAGGAGUUGGCGGCUUCUUUGCAGAUUCUGGUGGACCUGGAUACACACAUCACUGCCUAUGGAGCUAAUCCUUUCGCGUCCCUCAAACCUGAACAGGUCUAUUCCAACCCCAACAAGCAACCAGUAUACUGCAGUGCCUACUAUAUCAUGUUUCUUGGAAGUUCCUGCAAGCUGGAUAGGAGGCAACUGGAAAAGAAAGUAGAUGGUGGGGUUUAAAUAGCUGAGGCAGAUCCUGACUGGACUUUUAGAAAAUUGGGAGGUUGUGAUGAAAAUACCCUGCUGACGUCAGGUUGUUGCCAACCUUGAAAUCCACUAUAUUUUAAACCUUGGCAACUUGUCUAGUAAAGAGUCUAAGCUGAAUGGGAGUUCCUAUAUGAUUUGACUCUUUUCUAAGAGAUUAGCCACAAGUAGCUUCCAGAGACAGGAUUCUAGAUUUAAUGUGUGGCAAGAAGCCCUAGUAUCACUCUCCAGAGCCUAGAAUUCCUGACAUUUUCCUUUGUGAGAAAGUUGUACCUUUUGACUUGAAUCAGAUGCUGCCAAGGAAAAGAAUGGCACCUUCUUUUUUCUGGAAAAAGACUUUCUUAUCCAGCAAUCUGGGCUGAAAAAUGGAGAGGUGUUAAUGACUUGAAGUGGUACGAGAAUAGGCAAUAGAGAUGUGGCCGGGAACAUGGGAGAGGUUGUGAGGAUUGGCAUAUUGUUCUAUUUCCUGGCUUUUUCUAAGUAAAUAUCUUAUUUUCUUCUUGCUUGGGGCCUUCUAGCCCUAGAGCAGCUUUUUGCCUUGUGUUGUAUUUAAAUAUUCCAGAGUAGGAUCACCUGGGUGUGCAGUCAUUGUUAAGUUUCUCACUCUUGAGCAUAAACUCUGCUCUGGUCAAAA